UAUAUAUAUUUAUAUAUAUUUACAUAAAAUAUUUAUAUUACAAAUAAUUACAUAAAAUACUUUAAAAGUUUUUAUAGUCACCCUAUACAAGUUGUAUAUAAAGAUGAGCUGGAUACUGAUGUUCUAUUCUCUGAAGGACCGCCGUGAAAGUUUUGUUAGUUGUUUCUCAAAUUUUAUUGAAGUUUUCUGUAUAAGUGUAUCACAUAUUUGUCAAUAUUUUUGUGCAAAAAAUAAAAAAUUAAAUAUUUUAUUAAAUAAAGACAUUUUUUUUUAAAAUAUGUAAUUUAUUGGAAACAAUUUUUAACAAUAAAUGACAAUUCAAAAAAGAGUCUGAAAUAGUGUAUAUUUUGGUGCAAAUUUUAAUCAAUUGUGAUUUCAAUAGUUUUUAAAACAUGCAGUCACAGUUUUCUAAAAGAAUUAUUGAAAAGAUCGUGAUUUUAUGCUGUUUCUUAAAGCUAAUAAUUGCUGGUGUUCUUCAACAAAGAUUUCCUUGCGCGCCAAUCGAUGCAAUCGCUGCCAAUGGUGCUGCAGUACCUGUAACUUGUGCUCUUAAAUCAAUUGAAGGCAAAGUAGAGCCGGUAUUUCCGACUUACGUGAAAGUUUCCUCUCCUAUUUCGUACAGAUUAUUACCGAAGACGUCGUCAUUGGUGUAUAUUGCUCCACCAAUUAUUAAAACGGCCUCCGCUGUUGUCGCGACUGACACGAAAAACGAAAAAGAAGCAGAAUACAUGGCCUAUCCAAGAUACUCGUUUAAUUAUGGGGUUCUUGAUGGAUACACCGGUGAUUCGAAAUCGGCAUGGGAAGAAAGGGAUGGUGACACGGUGAAGGGCGAAUAUUCCGUGGUCGAGGCGGAUGGAUCAAUUCGGACAGUCACAUACACAGCUGACGAUCAUAAUGGUUUCAAUGCAGUUGUAACCAGGAAUGAGCCCCCGAAAAAUGUGAUGAAACAAGAUGGUAAUUUGAAAGCAUUUUUACCAGUGACUAUUAUUCCCAAUUCUCGUUAGAGAUAAAAAGUUUAUAUAAUUAUCCUAUAAAGAUUGUACUUUUAAAAGAUGCGUAUAGAUAAAUGUAAUAGAAUUUUCUUUCAAUUUUAUUGUGAAAAAAAAAAAUACAUCAUAUUUUUCAUGUCUAAAA